CUAAACAUAUGUUUUUGAGAUAAUUUCUUUGAUGUAGCUUUCACAUUCACCAUAUCGCUGCCCCAGUUCAACAGUGCUACAACUCAAAAAUUAUCAUUUUUGAGAUUUCUACAUCAUUUUACUCAGCUUCCCUUCCUCUUUCCAGAGCUACAAUCAACUAAGUCUAAGAAUAUUGUACUUCUACAUGGGAGAAUCAACAUUUCAUAUGCAAUGCACAAUUCAUAGUAAUAAUUUGAAACAUAAAAUUGUCAUUUUCUCAAAACUUGGAUUUUUGAGCUGUAGUACCGGUAGUGUUGAACUAGGCCAGCGAUAUUAUUAUACAGUUUGUGAAAAAAAAUUAUUGAUUACCAAAAAAAUUCUAUCAUUAUAUUAAUAGGCUAAUAAUAAUCAAUUAUCAAAACAAUACUAUUAUUAUAUUAAAAUUAAUAAUAAUAUUAUAAUAACAUAUUUUUAUUGUUACCGCCAACCAGUUGCGGUAAGUAACCGCUACGAGCGCUGCCUCUAGUUCCUACAGAGCUAUUUUUGAACUGUCGUUCACCAAGGAACCGUUUUUUGAAGGAGUCGUUCUCGAGUCAUCGUUCAGUUCACUCAGGACAGGACACUGUAAAAAGUCAAUUUUUGGCGUUGCCAAGGAUAUUGCAACGAAAGGGGCAAACAAAUUAGCUUAUAGAAAAAGGGCUAAUAUUUUGUAUAAUUCAUUCGCAAAUGAAAUAUUAGCUGGUGGAGUACACAGAGUAGAUUGUAGCUGCGACUGCUCGAAUUUGAUGAGAAAAAUUUGCACAGUUCCAUCAGUAAUUGAGGAGGUGAUGUGCUCCUCAGAGUAUUGUGCGAACCAAUUCACUGAGAGAAGACUGUCAGUUUUAUCAGUGGUAUUCGACAGAGCUGCGGAUGAGUGCUUCAGGAGGCUGAGUGGAUAUUUGGAGGAUGGAGAUAUCGAGGAUCAGCAUCUAUGUUUGAUGGAAUUGGAGCUCCCCUCAGAUAAGAACAACGUGUCACCAAACGCCUUCAUAUAUGAUGCAGAUAUAUCCAAAAAGGGACCACUAUGUUCUGGAUUGACUAGUCGACGAGCACGAAGUGGACCUCAUCUAUUCAUAGAGGUCAUUGGAAGUGAGGAGAGCCUUCCGGGUGACGGAGGUGACGUUGGAGUGAUGGGGGUGGUAAAAUGCUGUCUAAAAGAUGUGCGAACUGAGUUGGUCUACAAGGGAAACAACUACACCCUGCGAGGGAUUGUCACUUUCACACCGCCGGCACGCACCACCGAUUUUGGACACUUCCAGGGAUAUGCAAGAAGAUGUGACUCAACAUGGGAGGUACUUGAGAAACAAAAUUUCAAUAGCAGUUCCUAAAUCAGAGAUAAAUAUUCACCUCGUUUUAUAUACCAUUUGAAAUUAAUGAAACUUCUUCAAACAAUUGUCAAAUAUUAUGAUGUCACUAUUAUAAAUGACAAACUUCAUAAAUAAACUAGCUCAGACAAAUACAAUAUUAUUUUUGUAUACUAAUGAAAAAAUAAAUUAGCAUCCUAAAAAUACUUAUAAAUCAAGAACUGCCAUUGGAGAUAAUUAUUGUGCAUAAUACUGUUGUAGGUAGAAGGACUUAGGAUGAACAUAGCGAGAUAUCAAUAAUUUAUUAUUGCAGUAUAUUUUCGAUAUACAUGAAUAAGAUGUACCUGCAAAAUAUAAUAAUGUGGGGCUUUGCUAUUUUUCAGAAAUUUAGGAAUAAUAUUAUAAGAUCUGUAUAAUUUGUACAAAAGAAAAUUUUUUAAUUAUUGCUUUAAAAUUUGUACAUAACUUUGUAACAUUGUAGGUAUAUAGUAUAGACUUAGCUUAAUAAGAUUAUAAAUGAUAGGUAUUCAUCAAUGAGAUAUCCCCCAUAUGAUAUUUAUUAUUAUAAACCUAGUGGAAUAAUAAUGUAUUAUUGCAGUAUUUUUUUGACAUUCAUGAAUACCUGAGUACCUGCACAAUUUCAUAAUAAUUAGGACUUUGCUAUUUUUCAGAAAUUUAGGAAUAAUAUUAUAAAAUCUGUACAAUUUAUACAAAAAACAUUUUUAAUUAUUGCUUAAAAAUGUGUACAUAACUUUGUAUCAUUGUAGGUAUAUAGUGUAGAGUCAUCCUAAUAAGAUAAUAAAUUAUAGGUAUUCAUUAAUGAGAUAUCCCCCAUAUGAUAUUUAUUAUUAUAAACCUAGUAGAAUAAUAAUGUAUUAUUGCAGAACUUUUUUGACAUUCAUGAAUAAGAUGUACCUGCACAAUAUCAUAAUAAGUAGAACUUUGCUUUUUUCAGAAAUUUAGGGAUAAUAUAAAAUCUGUACAAUUUGUACAAGAGAAAAUUUUUUAAUUAUUGCUUUAAAAUUUGUACAUA